UUUACACAAUACCGUUGAAAAUUUUUGCGUUGUAUUGCACCGACGUUAUGUCUCUAUAUCUGGUUUUUAGCUUAGCACUUAUGGUGCUAGGUUGCCACGCCUCCGCACCGCUAGUGCCAACUGCUUCCGUAGGGUCAUUGUAUAACAGCUAUCACGGAGACUACGCGGGGAAAUACCACAAUUACGAACCAAGCUCCUACGCGUACGAGUACGGCGUAUCCGAUCCCCACACCGGCGACCACAAGUCCCAAUGGGAAACCAAAGACAAAGCUGGCGUAGUACGAGGCAGCUACAGCCUCCUGGAACCCGACGGUUCUACCAGGAUAGUCGACUACAUAGCGGACGAGCAUGGUUUCAGGGCGGUCGUCAAAAAGGUGGACGUCCACGGACACCCGGAGAAUAUCGAGAAGCACGGAGAACCAGACCAACCUCAACCAGUCCUGGUGGAUGGCUCCCCAGCUUUCAAAAGCUACGACGGCGGAGUGGACGCUUACAAAGGGCUCCAGCCAGUGUUGGGCGACGUCUACACGAAACCUUUGGAGUACGUCCACGCUCCGAGGGCAGACAAUCUGUACAUCAACGUGCCCGACGACGAAGAACACUCCGCCUACCCCAAGAACAUCAUCAUCCCGAAAGCGGAAGGCCUCAACUUGGGCGCAGCGCAAGGAUACAUUUCGCAUCGACCCCACCAGCAGUAUUACACCCCCCAGAUUAACUACCAGGCGCCGGAAGAAUACCACGUGGCUCAGGAGCCCAAGCUCACUCACGUUGCUGUGCCCGAGUACCGCGUUCCUCAAUAUCAGCACUACACGCCCCAGGAUUACGCGCUUCCCCAUGUAUACCAGGUGCCGGAGAUAUCUCAGACCGCCCACGAGGAGUAUUUUGGUAUCCCCGGACCCGUCGAUACUUACAAUUACGAACAAAACUCGAGGUUCCCGCAGUACGAGCACCAAAACGUGGUCGAUGAGCCUCCGAGGUAUUACCAACACGAUCAGGCGGUAUUUCCGGGAUACCACCAAGACGCGCACGCCCAAUAUGAUUUGAAUGCCAAUUAUUUAAACCAGGGACCUCAUUACUAAGAGUAAAAUAACUGCUGAGAUGCCAAAUGUUCCACUGGAGAGCUGGGAAUCGUGCUGUGUACAUACGUCGAGCAAUGUUAAUUUAUUUUCUUAAUAUUAGCGAACGAAACGAGAGCCAUGCAACGUAAUAUAAAAUAAAGACCUUAA